UCUGUUGAACGUGAUGACGCACAUACCCACAAUGCUCUACGACGCGCGAAGCUUCAGAAAUCAAGUUAGAUAAGUUAGGCUAACAAAUUUGUUUGAUAGUAGGUUAUAGAGGUCGUAUUCAAGUCCGAAAAUGAGCAAGAAAGAUGCAGCUGCUGGUGCCAUCAUACUCAGUUACCUGAACGAGCAGAAUCGACCCUACAGUGCCCAGGAUGUGUUUAUGAACUUGCAAAAGCAGCACGGAUUUGGCAAAACGGCUGUUGUCAAAGUAGUCGAACAGCUUGCCCAGGAGGGCAAGAUCCGCGAGAAGGUUUAUGGCAAACAGAAAAUCUACUUUGCUGACCAAGGCCAGUUUACAGAUGUGAGUGACACUGAUCUGAAAGACAUGGACACACGCAUCUCAGAGCUGAGCAAGGACGUGCAGGAGGUCUCACAGAGCUGCAGACAGUUGGAGUCUGAGCUGAAGGAACUGAACAGCUCCUUGACCACGGAGGAGAUGACCUCCCAGAUCCAGGAGCUGGAGGCAGAGUGUGCCUCGUGCCAGGAGCGCUUGGAGAAGAUCAAGUCCGCAACCAACCACAUCUCACCACAGGAGCGGGCAGAGGUCUAUAAAUCCAGGAAUCUGUAUGUGAAAGAAUGGCGCAAGAGGAAGAGAAUGACCAUGGACAUGAUGGAUGCCAUCUUGGAGGGCUAUCCAAAGAGCAAGAAGCAUUUUCUGGAGGAGGUUGGAGUGGAGACGGAUGAAGACUACAAUGUCACUGUGCCUACCAUUUAACAAAACUGUCUGAUUCUUCCUUCAAUCACUAUGGGCAUGCGCUACUUGUUGACUGCAGUGGGCUGUUUGCAAGUGAGGUAAACUGAAGUAAGCCACCACACAGGCAGUUUGUCUGGUGGCCAACUCAAGAUUGUGACGAGUUCAGGUCACAUUAUGGCUGAGGGUCGUUUGCCAAGUUCAGGUGAUGUGGAUCUUCUGGACAAGAAUGAAGACUAGUACAGAGAGGAGAACCACAUGUUUAUUUCUAAUUACAAAUAACAUUUGUACAAAAUAUCAGAAUUUGUCAUUGUCUCAUUGUCGGCACAUUAUUUUAAAGAAUGUUUAUUUCCAGCACAUAAGGUUGUGAAACUCAUCCAAAAUGUAUUAGUGUUUAUUUAUUUCCCUUUAAGUGCUUGCUCCAUUUAUUUUCUAUUUGAAAAAAUAAAAGAACACUUUCAUAUCCAAAAAUCCUGAUUUUACGUCACCCGCUGAGGUCUGCUGUCUUACAUUGUGCAGCUCAUACUUGUACAUAAGUAAAAUUAUAAUGGCAUACAA